AUGGAAAAUUAUAAUUGUAAGCCCGAUAAGAUUGCAUUUUCGAUUUUGAUUAGUGUUUUGUGUAGGCAUAGAAGAGCUAGCGAAGCUCAGGAAUUUUUUGAUAGUUCAAAAGAUAAGUUCGAGACUGAUGUUUUUGUGUACACGAAUUUGAUUUGUGCAUGGUGCUGUGCUGGGAGUAUACCGGAGGCGGAGAAGGUGUCUCGAGAAAUUGAAAAUGGCUGGGAUUAA